CGGUCGCCUUUCGAAAACUCAGCGGUCCGCAUCGUCUGCUACUCACCACGGUUUGUCGUGUGCGUGCAGUUGUGAGUUCACAAAGCUCCCAUCCGACAUCCCUUCUUUAGACGUAGUUGUCGCUACCACCCUCCGAAAUGGAAACCAAGGACAAGACAUCCAGGUCCAGCUCAAAGGCCAACCUGAACGAGUCAACGUUGCCGCUCCUCGAAGACGUCGGGGGUGCCAAGGGUGACACGUUGGAGAAAGAAAAGAUUGAAUUGGAAACCAAGGGCGGGGACGUGGCCAAGGACGACGGUGACGCCACCACUGCUGAACCUGGGUCCGAAUCUGGCAGGGAAACCGAAGAAGACAAGAAAGGAAAGAAGAAGAAGGACAAGAAAGAGAAGAAGGAAAAAGUGAAGAAGUGUCACAAGAGGUCCACGUCUUGUGUGGAGACCCUCACCGUAGGCCUUAACCUGCUGGAUCGGGACGAGAAACACGUCAAUGACCACAUUAACCUGGUGUUCGAAGACGUGAUCGCUGAGCCCGACGCGAGCCAUGGCUUCGACGGCGUCUGGAAACUCGCCUAUCUGGUGUUCUCGAGCACCCGUCUGUGGGCCUACCGAUUGCUGGCUGCCUUCCUGGCCCUGCCCUGUGGACUCACCUGGGGACUGCUCUUCUCUCUUCUGCAACUCCUCAACAUCUGGCUCGUGACGCCUCUGCUCCGCGUCUUCGAAGUCGUGCUUCACGUCCUCCACAGGGUCUGGUCUGGCCUUGUCCGCACCUUCCUGGAUCCCGUCUUCAUGUCCAUCGGCAAGGUUGCCGGCGACGUCCGCGUCACAAGAACGCAGGUCUACCCUAAGAACGACUUUGCCCACGACCCAUAAGCACUCUGCAUCAUCAGCAACCUUCCUGUUGACCAAACUUAUCGCUUUUUUUUUUUUUUUUUUGCCACA